AGCUACCUGACUUUUUCCAGCCAUUUUUAGCUCAAAAUAUAUGAACAUAAACUGGAUAUACAGUACUGUAUUAUUAACCUGAACAGAAGGUGGCAGCAUCGCACCGAACGGCGUUUGCAAUCAACGAAGAAGAAGUCUCCAGCUCUUGUUUUGAACGUUGCAUUCUGGGAUGUGAAAUGGCUUCUACGUGUGAAAGCUAAUGCUAAUAAAACGUUUGAUAACCAAAACACUUCAUUUGUAUAUUUUCAGAUAUAUAUAUAUUCGACAGUGCGGUAAUUUAGAGACUCGUUUCUUGCAUUCUCCAUCAUGUCUACCAAAGCAGAGAGAAGAGUUUCCAGUUCCAGGUCCGAAGAACGGACAGUGUCCAGCAGUCGAAGUCGAGAAAAAAAGAAGCGAAAGCGUAGCCGUAGCAGAUCUUCCUCGUCAUCUUCUUCUUCUUCUAGCUCAUCAUCAUCCUCAUCUUCCUCAUCCUCUUCCUCUUCUUCAUCAUCGUCAUCCCGCUCUUCCAGUCGUAGCAGCUCCAGGAGUAGCGACUCACGGAGUAAAUCCAGAAAACAGUCCAAGAAAAGAAAAAAGGACAAAAGCAAGAAGGGGAAGAAGGAGAAGCGGCAUAAACACAAGAAGGAGAAGAAAUCCAAAGAGGCAGAAGAUGACUCUGGACCAGUUCAAAUCUCCAAGUACUUGAAAGAGAGGAAGAAAGGUGGCAAGUACAGCAUGAUCACAGGGAAGAAAAUAAAGAUGAAAGUCAAGAAGUCUAAAAAAGACAAACAGAGGGACAGAAACCGAGCAGAGCUGCUGGAUUUCCUCAACUCCACCCUGUGAUGAAGGACGAUGAUGCCCCAGCGGUCAGCUCAAGUGGCGAUGAAUUCACUUCCUCACUGAGUUGGACGGAGCAGGUGAACUGUGUGAUGUUCCGAGAGCCAUGAUCAGAAUCAAUCGUGUGUGUUUUUCUCUCGUUUCUUCGGCUGAAGGUUUGCUAGGCGUAAGUGCAGGCUUUUGAGGAGAACAUUUCAAAACAUCUCAUUUAACCUGCUGCAAGACGCCAGACCAGGUUUUGAUAUUAUAAUAAGGAUUGAUAUUAUAAACACAAUUUUUUUCGUUAAUUGAACUUGUGUAAGAGUCAAACAAGAUAUUUUUUCAUGGCAAACCUUUCUAGUUAAAGUGUUUUUCUCUGUUUCAUUUGUUAGACAUUAAGUCUAAUAGUUUUGGAAAAAAUACAUUUUUAAUGUCCGAUUACACUUCUAUUAUAAUUGGUUUCAUAUUUGUCUUACAACUACUGAAAAGUCAGGAGAGAAUUGUAUGGAAAUAAUCUUCAAACACCUGUAGUUUUUGUCUCUACUGCUGGAGUGACAUUAUUUCUGUGGAUGAUUUUACUUUAACAUUGUCAAUGUUGACCAGUUUGUGCUGAUAGAGACAGUGAAGUGUUCACAUUAAAUUGGCUGAGAAGCAAGUCACUUUUUUUCUUUUCUUCUAUCCAGCCUUUCUGCUUCAAUACUGUGUACUAAAAUAGUUCCUGAAAAGAUUCUCAGAACUAAAACAGGUCCAACAGCGACUCAAUAAGACUGCAGAAUGACCUCACAGUUUUUAUCCCCAUCAGUGUGUAGUAGAUGUGGUUUCAUGAAACAGUGUCUUGGUUUUCAGAGGCCACCAGAUGGCACUGUGUGCUGUAAAAUAUUUUGAUUUGAACAACUAGUUAAAUGACACUUCAAAUCAUUUCUCAGCCAGGAGCGUCAUCUAGUGGCCUCUGAAAAUAAUAUAUAUAAUAAUAUUUCAUCAACCAUGCCAUUGUGUACCAUUGUUUCUUCUU